GCCACGUCAACAGACCACGUUAGCAGGACACGUCAGCAGGCUACGUAAGUACGUCAGCAGACCACGUCAGCAGGACACGUCAGCAUUGCCACGUCAGCAGCAAGGGAUACCACAUCAACAGGCACCGGUCUGGCCUAUGCUCUUGCGUUCACAGACAACAGUCAUGGACCAGAAGGCCGGGGAAACAGACGAGGCCUAUCAGGCCCGCAUGUUAGCCUGGAGUACCGAGACAAAGAAGCGAGCAGAUGACGCUGCCGCAGCAGCCAAGAAAAGGGCAGAGGAUGCCGAGCAGGCGCGUCCGCUGGCCGUGCAACAACAGCGCCAGCACGACGAGGCAGCAGCAAGGGCUGCCGACGAAGAAUGGACACAGCGUCGUGAGAAGAUAUUCACUGGAGAGCGGGCAUUACUUACCAUGGCAGCAGAAUGGCGAAGCGAGGCCGAGAAUAGCCAGUUGGCGGACAGCGCAAACAAGAUAGCGCUCCUCCUCUCGCAUCUCACGGAUCUCCUGGCAACCUGCAUUACACAGCAGGCGGAGAUCCUUGGUCUCGACAACUCGGUAGCUCAACUCCAAGAUCGCCUUCAGCGGGUGGAGCAGCGACCAGUCGCCGCCGCCGACGCAGGCUCUUCCAAUACUGCCGACCGCCUCACCGCAUUGGAGAUGCACGUCGGCUCCCUCUAGGAUGGCGCACAGUUACAGCAGACCGCGACGCAACAAUUGCAGCAGCGGAUCUGCACUACCGCCACUACCUCGAGUUCGGAGCCGCGCGAGACAGCUCCCAAGUUCGAUGGGCAGGAGAUCUUCCACGACUCAAUCAAGACAGAUCCAAUUC